GAAUGUAUAUAAUAACUUGUGGAAUCCAUGAAAUGAAGUAUUGAGGCUGUUGUCAAUGCAGUGAGAGACCCUACCCAGUAUUAGUAUAGUGUUCCUAAUAAAGUGGCUCGUGUGUGUGUGUGUGUGAAUACCAUGUAAGAAACUUAGCAGUAAAGUUUUUCUAGGAAUUCAGAGUAGCUUACAUAUUCUUUUACCUCUGUCCAGCUACGGGUCGAGAGCUCAAACAAAACAGUCAAAGUACACAAACUUUCAGACACAUGAGCAGACAUACCACCAGAAUCCUCACAACCCACAGCAAUGAUAUUACACUACUUAGAGGAAUAUCUUGAUUUUAAGAGCUGGCUUUUAGGAUUUUUUCUUUUCCUACUACUUCUUGAUAUCAUCAGGAACAAAAAUCCAUCCAAUUUUCCACCAGGACCAUGGCCCCUACCUUUUGUGGGAAACAUUUUCACUGGGCUUGACUUUAAAACAAUAGACAAGCUUGCUGAGAAGUAUGGAGAUGUUUUCAGCUUGCGUUGGGGCAGUGAGAAAACUGUGUUUGUCUCUGGACAUAAAAUGGUGAAGGAGGCUCUCAUUACUCAGCUAGACAGCUUUGUAGACCGACCUGUUGUCCCUCUCGUUCACAAACUCUUUAAUGGACUUGGUGUUGCUCUCAGUAUUGGGUACCUGUGGAAAAACCAGAGGAAGUUUAUCAUCACACACCUACGCCACUUUGGUGAAGGGAAGAAGACCCUAGAGCUGAGUAUCCAGCAGGAGAACAUCUUUCUGUGUGAUGCUUUCAAAGCAGAACAGGGUCUUUUUGAUCCCCAGUUUUUCCUCAACAACGCAGUCUCAAACAUCAUCUCCGCACUAGUUUUCGGUCAUCGCUUUGAAUACCAUGAUGAGAAUUUCCAGAAUAUCUUGCGUUUGGAUGCUGAAGCUAUCUUUCUGGCAGGUUCUGCCCGAUCUCAGCUGUAUAAUGCCUUCCCUCGCCUCUUUGAAUACCUUCCUGGUCCGCAUCAGAAGAUUUUUGCCAACUACGCAAAAAUAGUAGAGUUCCUAAAAGAAGAAAUAAGAAAACACAAGGAGGACUGGGAUCCCUCAAAUCCUCAGGAUUACAUCGACAGUUUCCUUCUAGAAAUGGAAAAGAAAAAGAGUGAUCCUGAAGCUGUAUUUAAUAUUGAGAUGUUAUUGGCUGCAAUGGUGGACAUGUUUGAAGCAGGGAUAGAAACCACAGCCACUACAAUACGCUGGGGUCUUCUCUUCAUGAUGAAGUACCCUGAGAUACAGAAAAAGGUACAGGCAGAGAUAGACAAAGUGAUUGGACAGUCACGCCAGGCCAGCAUGGUCGACAAACCCAACAUGCCCUACACUGAAGCUGUUAUUCAUGAGAUUCAAAGGAUGGGCAACAUUGUUCCUCUUGGUUUACCCAAGAUGGCUUCUAAAGAUACUGUACUGGGUGGAUUCUUCAUACCAAAGGGCACAACUGUGACUACAAACCUAUCGUCUGUGCUUAAUGACAAGAACGAGUGGGAAACACCAGACACGUUUAACCCAGGACACUUUCUGGAUGAUCAAGGCCAGUUCCUGAAGAAGGAUGCUUUCCUUCCCUUUUCAGCAGGUAAGAGAUCAUGUCUGGGGGAGCAGCUGGCUCGUAUGGAGCUCUUCCUGUUCUUCACCUCUCUGUUGCAGUGCUUUACCUUCUCCCCUGGUCCUGGAGACGGUCUCAGCUUGGAAGGCCAGCUGGGCUUAACAUAUGCACCCAGACCCUACAGCAUGUGUGUCACCCCACGCUAAGAGCCCAUACACAAAUAUAUAUAUAUAUAUAUACGCUUUUAAGCUAUUUGUUGUAAGAAACCUUAUUAAAUAAAUAAACAAACAAACAAACAAAUAAAUAAAUAAUAGUAAGAAGAAGAAGAAAUCAAUAAAUAUUCAUGAAUUUUGUUAUAUAUA